AUGCUAUAUUUAGAAAAAUUAAAUUCAUUUAUAGAAAAUAAAUUUGCAUUGUCCAAUUGGAAAAAAAAGAAAUAUGUAUGGAGAUAUAGUUUAUUCUUUAGUAUAUUCUAUAUAUUGUUACUUUUUGGUUUAUGUUAUACAAUAAUUAUUCGUUUUUUAAUAUCUAAUGAAUCAUUCAGUAAUCAUUAUUGUAGCUCAUCAAAAAUAUCCUCAUUACAAAGAAGCUAUAUGUUUAUAUUUAUAUUUGUUAUAUUGAUGGGAUUUCUUAAUUUUUUUUUUUCUCGUCUAACAUAUUUAUAUUCUAAUUUCACUAACAGUGAAUUUUUCACUUUAGGUAUUUAUUAUACUAUUGUAGGUUUUCUUAUAAAAUAUAUGUCAUGGAUAUUAUCAUUAUUAUAUAUAUGUUGGAUCUUCUUUUUAAUUAUAAGUAUUUUAACUAUAUUUUUUAAUCCUUCUUUAUGGUGUGGAUUAACAUAUAACAUUUAUGGGAUGGAUGCCCUACAUAAUUGUUUCCUAGUUCAAAGUAAGAAUACAGGAUGUGAAAUUAGUAAAGAUAUUAUCAAAUUAACAAAGAAUGACCAUUGCAAUGAUUUUAAUAUUUUAAAAGUUCAAAGUCUCCUAUUUCUUGUCCGUUCAUCACCAAAUGAAUCAUGUUCAUUAAAGGACAAGAAAUUAUGUGACUUCUUUGUUGAUUUUAUAAAAAAUAAACAAACAACAUGGGAAUCUUUUCCUCAGUGUUCUGGAAAUACUCUCGAAUUAACAGAAGAAUAUUUUUUAGAACAACCAGACAAAAAAAGUAACAUUUACUUAUUCUCAUUAUCUAUUAUCUUUUUUUGGUUUAUUACGACAUUAGUACUAUUUACACUUUUUAUAGUCAUAAAAAUAAAUACGCCUGUCGAUUCAUCAUUCAUUAUGAAUGAAGACAGAUUAAAUUUUUUUUUUAAAUUUACAAGGCUUUUAGACACAUGGAGAUAA